AUCAUCUGGUCCCCUCUCCUGAAGGUUUAUGCUCCCUGUCUGAUGCGAUCAAAGCUUCCGCGGAACAACCCAAUGGUGCGCCAAAUGUUCGCGUAUUUGAUGUUGAUACUGGAGAUUUGCUCAAGGAGUAUAUUCACCGUUCUACCGGUGGAUGGCAACCUCAGUGGACCAAUGACUCGGCGUAUUGUGCAGUUCGUAUCGACGGUGAUGUUCAGUUGUACAACAAGGGACAAUUCGACAGCAAGCCAACCGGUCGCCUGGCUGUAAAAGGCAUGUGUCAUUUCUCACUGAGCCCCAGUUCCAUCGUACCCAGCGUCGCUGUGUAUGUUCCUUGUCAAAAAGGACAACCAUCUUCAGUACGUGUCUUUCAGUGGCACUCGGGACAAUUCCAACUGAUUACCAGCAAGUCUUUCUAUCGUGCCGACACGGUCCAACUCUGUUGGAACGAUCGCGGGAUGGAUUUGUUGACACUGAGCUCAACCAAGACGAGCGAGGAGAGUUACUAUGGGGACCAAGGUCUAUUCUACCUGACCACAAAGCGGUCCAGCGACAGUGCUGUGGUCACCAUGCCACGCAAAGGUCCGAUUUAUGAUGUGGCCUGGAGACCGGAUUCGAGUGCGGGGACACAGAAUGAGGCAAGAUCCACCGAACAACUGUUUGCUGUGUGUCAUGGAUUUGUGCCUGCCUCGGUUACCGUGUUUGGAACGGACUGCGAACCACGAUUCAAUUUCGCUGGACUCGGAAAUCUCCCGGGUGACAUGUGUGUAUGGGACUUCGCUCGUCAAGAGCGUUUGUCCACCUUCAAGACCACUGACAUAACCAGUGUGACUUGGAUGAAUGAUGGUGAACAUCUCCUAAUGGCUACAACAACUCCGCGGCUCCGCGUCAAUAAUGGCUUUGGGAUAUGGCACUACAGCGGGAAGAAAUUAUUUUUCCAGCGUGUGGAACCUCGUGCAGUACCACGUCCAGCAACAAUGGACCUGCCAGCUGCCACAGAUCACGAACUUUACCAGGUAUUCGUGAUGCCUCAGGAUCACCUGCCUCCAGCCCCACGGCCGAAGAAAUUCGACCCUGUGUUGCAGGUAUCCAGUGGCACUGGAACAACCUCCAAGGGAGGAAAGUAUAUCCCACCAGCCCUUCGGAAUCGGUCUGAAGUCGCCAAGCAAGCAGUUGCCGCUGCACACACUUUGGACAGCGUGAAAGGACAAUAUCAACCCCCAGCUGCGCGUCCGAACCUGCCUGUAGGAAUGGACCCGAAUAUGCUGGACACAAAAAAGCCGAAGAAGCGCAAGAAGCCUGCUGCGGAGAAAUCGGAGCCUUCGGGCGAGCCACACCCUCCUGGUAUGGGUAACAAACAAGCCAGUCAGCUUCGAAAGAAACUGAAUGAAAUUGAAAAGCUUAAGACUGAACGAGCUGCCGGAAAACAACUCGCUUUCAAUCAGAUUGAGAAAAUUGACCGAGAAGAACAAAUCCGUGCGGAAUUGGCCAACUUGACUUUGAGCGGUUGAGCAGUUUUCCAUGUUGACUGCUGCUUUCCCGUCAAAUAUAUUAUCCACUUUUGUAGCUGGUUUUUCUCCGAUCGAGUGUUCAUAAAGCUUGUUGCCUCUGUCAGCAGACUCUCUGGUUAUGGUUGGUCGUGUUUGUUCAAUCGACACUUUCCUCGUCCGUUGUCCGCG